AUGGGCAAAGCGGGUAAAUGGGGUGCAGGAUGGAAGACAAAAACAGCCAAGCAGGACGCUGCAGAUUGGGGCGACUACCGUGGCUCAGGCUCGGACUACUAUGGGCGCUGGUCAAAAUGGGGCCAGGAACCCUCGAGCUCCGCCUUCCCUACCUACGAGAUGAUGAACAUCGAGGUCCCCAAGGACAACCAAGAGGCACUGCAAACGAUCCAAGGGCCAGGCGAUUUGGCCAAGUUCGUUCAGAAGGCAGUGAACAAUAUCCGUCGUGCAGAGCAAAGGGCCAGGAAGCAUGCAGCCGAGCAGAAGCAGACGGACGAAAAAUGGGAACAGUUCCAAAAGGAGCUGAAGACCUCAUUCAUGAAGGAGAGGGCGCGAUACAAGGACAAGAGCGAGCACCUCCAGCAGGAGAAGGCCGAGAUCCGGGAGGCCCAGGAGACGGCGAUCGCAGAGCUCUACAAAUUGCUCGCGGACCCCCAGGAGUACACGAAGGCCCCUACCACCAAGCCGCCACCCCAGGAGGCACAGGACGAAUGGGACAAGCUGAUGGCGGAACCAGAUCAAGACGCGGAUAUGGGGUUAUCAGGCUUGUUGGCCGGAGCACUGGGAGAUUCCGCCCUUCGAGACAAAGCCCGCCGUCAGAUGCUUGCCGUCCUGGAACACCAUCAAAACCGAGGGCGAGACCAGACCCCCCCAAAAAAAGCCUGCCAGCCACCCGCCUAUGACUCCGCCAGCAUCGGAAGGAGGGCGGAGAGCAAAGGGCCCGGUCUUGGAUGCGGCCCCUGGUGUCCCAGAUCAAGCUGUGGAGGCAGCGGCUCGCGACCCGUACAUGGGCUCCCCCUCUCUCAACAACCUACUCCCGUCCCCGAGCUCUACGGCUCCGCGACCACGAUCCCAGGCUACCAGAACUCCGAUCAAGGCUCAGGGCAGAAAGCCAGCAACUGCCCCGGCUUCAGCUGCCAGCCUGGCGAGCAAGCUGGACGCAAGCCGUGCUGCGAUGAUGGCGGAGGCGGCCAUGGGAACCCACGGUGGCAACGAGGACGGCGACAGCGACGAGGAAAUCCCCAUUGGCAACUUGAGAGCAGCCACGGGCCCGCCGCCGGAGAUUGUCGUCGACUAACACAGCAAGACCAGUGGUCAGUUUCUGCCGAACUACCUGACCACUGGAGUGAUGAGAUCCAGUUCGGCCCCUAUGAGGAUGAGGAUGAGCACAUCAAGACGAUUGGUGCUCAUGGCCUAUGUGAGAGGCUUUUUCGGUCCGUCCUCUCAGGCCCAAAUGCAUGUCAACUUCGACCUCCCAUAUGGAGGUCUCUAUCUCCAUGGGACCCGCGAACCUUCGCUUUGGUGGGUCCACUGGAUCUACAUCGGGUCUUUCCACCUCGUGAUGAUGUGGGCCCUCAAGCACAACGUUGGUGGAGCAUCCUUGAGGUUCACUUCGCUCUGAUCGACUGGUUGUGGCGGAGCAUGGGAACCGCUCUGCCCUUCCUUGGCAGUAUGGGACGAGCUGUGGCAUUGCCAUUCUUCUUCAUCUUGGCGGUGGCCGAGAUGAUGGUUCUCCUGGCCCAGAUCAGAUGGUCACGGCCCUUUGCUACAACAAGGAGAGGAGGAUACACUCCCACUCCGAGCUGGCCCCGUCUCCUCCUACCGUUCGCCCUUUGUGCAGUCCGGGCGUCAGCUGGGCUGCCACACCAACCCAGACAGGAGUUCUGGCCACUGCUCCGAAUGCCGCCACCGACUGAUGUCGAGCUAUGGAUGGCUGGGCAAAAUACCGUAUCGGAACAGUUGGCACUGGCCCUCCAACGGGUCAUCCUUGAGCGCCCCCUGAUGAGCCAGGGGCUGUGGCCUGAACAUCUACAUGGAACAGGGCCCAGCCAUGUGCCUGAACCUCCCCCUCCUCGGGAAAUAGUGCAGGAGGAACCAGCGCCCUGGCUUUUUGAUGACGAAGAGGAGGACACCACGCACAUCUCCUUUCGCUUGCUUUCCCCCCACUUCGAGUCGGAGUCCCUCGACAUUGCGAUGACCUUCCCGCUUGUCGCCGAGGACGUUCUCGAUUACCUCAAGGACACGGCUCGGGUUAUCACGCGAAGAUGGCUUACAGGUGCUGUUUUCACUCAGCCCCAACUCAGUGAGGAUUACGGGAGUGUGAUCAUCACUCCCUGUUGGCUGCGGGAGUCCGACCAAACCAUCAUGGUCAUUGACGCCAGUGCAAUUGAUCAGGGUCAAUUCGCCUUCUACCACCGUGGCGACCUCACCAGAGAGGCGGUGCUCCAGCAGCUUGACAUUGUUCCAGCUCAGGACGUUGAGAUCUAUGCCUUCGGGAGCACCGCACCAAUGAGGACAACGGAGCCAAUCCCCUCUACCCUGGGUGGACUCAUUCGAAUCCUGCCUCAAGAACAGCCUAUACAAUGGGCUAGCAGGAUUGAGGCUCGUUUAAACUUCCCGAUGAACUGGGACCCGGACGCCCCGCAUCCCGAUCAUCUGGGAGGUUCACACAUAGCCUUCCAGACGGCCACCGACCAGAAGCUGCACAAUGUCCGGCGGGACGACCUCUUCACCCCUCUGGGGGUGGCCAGCGAGCUUUUCAACCGAGAACAGCAGCAAAUCUGGGACUGCUUCUUUCCGGGGGAUGUCAUUGAGGCUCUCGACAUCACCUUCUGCCCUGGCUUCUCAUUGGUCGUCACGGGUGGGAGAAAAGGCCGUUCCCCAGGACUCCUCUACAUCCGAGACGGUGACCUAUUAGAGGCUUUCCUCCGACCUACUGCAGAUCUCACCCCGACUCAGGUCGAAGAAGAUGAGAGCUCAGAUGGCAACGAUGAAGGGGAAGACCCGGACGAUGGCACCGAUUCUACCAGGGAUAUGCUCCCGUCAUCGGACGAGUUCUCGGAUGCACAGCCACCAACAGGACCAGGCCCAUUCGGGCCACCGCCACCACGGCCGGUGAACCGGCCACCCAGCCGUACCCCGCCACGGCGUAAUCGACACAAGCACAACCUGGUAAGGACUAUUGCACUGCAGGAGUACCUCUCAGACCCCUCUCCGGCUGAGCACUACAGCCUCUCCAUGCAGACGGUGACCCUCCCGCAGGCGAAGUUCGACCCGCUUGUUGUCUACCGGCCUUGGCCCCCACAUUGGCUUCAAUUUGACCCCACAGCACUCAACCUACCGCAGUGCACCGUCCAGGCCUUACAAGGGUUCUGGCCUUGGACCACUGUGUUGAAACAAGGUGCAGAUCAAGAAAAUCUUUGUCUCCGCCUAUACACAGAUGGAUCCUGGUUGGAAGCAUCGAGCUGUGGAGGCUUUGCUAUUAUCCUGGUCUUGGAGUCAGGGCAGCACAGCUCCUUCUUUGGGGCCGUUGGCUCGCAAACGCAAGGGAAGCCUGAUUCUUUGUGGAAUCACCCUGGCCCACCGGCCCUGAGAAAUGAACAAUAUGCUCUGGCCAGCGCAAUGCUAUGGGUUUUCCAAUCCCUGCCCUUCCUUGCCUUUAAGGCAGUGACCUUCUGCUUUGAUUGUCUAGCUGCCGGUCUGGCAGCCAGUGGCGCCUGGACUCCUGACGGCGCCCUGAUGCAGCGCAUUCGGGAUCUUCAAGUCUGGCUGGAACAGGUAGCCGGGGCCACAAUUGCAUUCGAGCAUGUGAAGGCCCACAGUGGGCACCCAAUGAACGAGAUGGCCAAUCAGGCCGCCAAAGCAGCAGCUCGAGGCCAGCUGCAAGCUUAUGAGCCUCCCUUCGAAGUCGUCCAACUGAUCAUGCAGGAGGAUUUGUCUUGGAUUGCACCUUCGUUGAACCCAAGCCAGCAAGACGCCAUCCCUUUUGCCAGAGGGGGGACCUUACAAUGGGAGCCUGAUAUGCCCUUCAAGCCCUUCCAGCUCGAGGUCGAACACCUGGUCCCUACUUUCACAAAGCAGGUUGGAAGGCAAUCCUCCUCUAUGACGCAGGUUGAAUGUGUUGCAAUCUCCCUGAAUGUGCAAGGCCUCCGCGACAAGCAUCGCUACCUUGAGGACCAGUUUGACAUGGAAAACUGCAACCUGGUGUUCCUGCAGGAAACAAAGUCGCCCAUGGGCGUCUGCGCCUCCCAGGCCUACCUCCGGCUUGGCACUGAUCAUCAAAAGCACUGGGGUGUCGGAAUAUGGGUCAGUCGGACAAGAGGACUUUUCAUGUCUGAGGGCUCCCCAAUCCACAUCACGGAACAAGAUGUUUAUGUUGUACAAGAAAGCCCGAGGCUGCUUGUCCUGGAGAUCACGACUGCGGGAAUCCGUUUCGUACUUUUCGCUGGCCACUGCCCGCACACUGGGCAAAGAGCUGCUGCAGCGCAGUUCAUUACGGAUCUGCAUGACGCCCUCUACCCGCUACGUGGAGCCCAUGUGAUACUUGGUGGCUUGGACCUGAAUGGCCGACCGCCUAGUGACUUCGAGCAGGUGACUGGAAACCUACAACACGGUGACCCUGACGACACAGGCAGGGAAGCUGUCGAGGCAUUCCACGACCUGGGAUUGUGGAUUCCUAGUACGUUCUCCUGUUUCCACAAAGGGGACUCUUUCACAUACCGCCAUCCGCAGGGACAGCUCCAUCGACUCGACUUUGUGGUGCAGGGGGGCAAGUUGGAAGUUUGUCAAGCUGCCAGUGCUGUGCUCUAUGACCUUGACACAGGAGGAGCCUCUGAUGAUCACUGGGCGGUCCGAGCCCAUUUCCAGGGGACCCUCCCACAAACUGGAGCACAGACCAAGAUCUGGCGACCCCAGUAUGACAGAGUCAAACUGUUGAGUGAGGCGGGAAGGAAAAUUGUGGCUGAGGCUAUGCAGGCCUACCAGCCGCCUUCCUGGAACACCAACCCUGACGAACACUGCUGCCAUUUCACGUCCUAUGUGCAGGCGCUCCUUGAAAAGCAUUUCAUGAAGCAGCCACAUGCACCUAGAGCUGACUACAUUACGGAGCAGACCUGGCAACUCCGAAGGGCCAAACUUUCUCUCAAACGCAAGACGCGUCACCGCAGCAACCUUUGGAGCAGUCUCCUGGUCAGAGCCUUCAUGCAAUGGCGAGAAGGUAUAGAUGUUGGCGUCACUCAGCUGAUCGUCACGCAUGGGCUCCUCUACCAGCUGGCCUCCACUGCCAUUGGUGUUGCUACUGCGGCCAUCAAGAAGGGCAUCAGGAAGGCAAAGGAUGGCUAUCUCCGCAACGUUGCCAGUCAGGGAGGCCCCCGUCCCACUGACAUCCUUUGCCAUCUCAAACGAGCUGGUUUGGGUGGAGCUAAAACUCGUCCAACACAACGACAGCUACCACUCCUGCUCGAUGCUGACGGCCAGCCAGUCAAGACCAAAAAGGACAGGGACCUGCUUUGGCUGAAACACUUUGGAAAGCAAGAAAUGGGGCAGAUCGAAGAGGUCCAUGCCUUCCUGCAACGAGAACACCAGCCUGUAUGCAUCGAUCAGGACCUCACUUGGCGGGCUGACGACUUACCGAGCCUUGGGGAAAUCGAGGCGGUGAUAAGAAUGGCGCCCAAAGGGAAAGCUGCAGGACUGGACGGCAUACCGUCCGAAGCGCUGAGGGCGGCCCCAGGGCCCAUGGCGGCGGCGCUACAGUCUCUCUUCACAAAAGCCUCGCUGAGGUUGAGGCAGCCUCUCCAGUGGAGAGGAGGAUUGUUGUAUGAAUGCUGGAAGCAGAGCGGCCGUAGAUGUGACCCGACGUCGCAUCGGAGCCUUUUUGUUUCCUCAGUGGUGGGGAAGUGCCUGCACAAGCUCACCCGGCGCAAGAUCCAGAGCUUCGUCAACGAAGGGCUCCAUGAAUUUCACCUGGGGGCUCGGCGGGGGCAGCCUGUCCUCUACCCGGCGGCCUACAUACUCUCCUUCCUUCGGCGUGCCCAGGCUCAACACCGGUCGGUGGGAGUAUUGUUCUUGGAUGCCGAGGCUGCGUACUACAGAAUAUGCAGGGACCUCGCCACUGGCACCAUUGAAACCGAUGAGGCCGUCAUCGCCAUCUUCAAGCGAUUCCACAUCCCCCCGACGGACCUCCACAUGCUUAUGCAGGAGGUCUUAGAAGGAGGAAUGAUGGCGGAUAUAGGCGUCCCGGCCACGAUCCGGCAUAUGGCCAAAGAUCUCCAUGCCAACACUUGGUUCAUCUCCCCCCAUGGGGAUGGGACCCUGCUCUCCCGCACUUGUGCGGGGAGCAGGCCAGGAGAGAGCUGGGCGGACGCUAUAUUCAGCUUCGUGUUUGGGAGGGUCCUGGCCCGCAUCACCGAGAUCGCAAGGGGUGAGGACCUUUUGGACACCCUCCACGCGGACAUGGCCGAGGGGCCAUUCGCCACAGCUGAAGGAGAUGAAGAGGCAUGUGCCAGUGAUGCGACUUGGGCUGACGAUAGCUCCUGGGCUAUCACGGAUGCCUCUCCAGUGAGGCUGAUGGCUAAGGCAACCAGACUCUGCUCGGUUGUUCUAGGCCAAUGUCAAAGCUAUGGCCUGGCCCCAAACCUGAAGCCAGGCAAGACAGCGAUCUUGAUCAGGCUGCAAGGCCAAGGUGCCAAGCAUGCCCAAAGACAACACUUCGGCCACGGCAGAAGGUCUGUGCGUCUGGCCGAUGUGGCCGUGGAGGUCGAGGUGACCAACCACUACAAACAUCUUGGUGGGGUUGUCGAAACAAAGGGCUACGGUGGAUGCGAAGCCAGACGGAGGCUGGCUAUUGCGGCUACAGCCUUUGACAAGGGCAAGGACUUGCUCUACCAGAACACCACUAUCCCAUUGGCGACCCGAUCCUCGUUGAUGCACAUUGCGGUCACGGCAACACUGCACAACCUAGCUCUGUGGAUACCGGAGGGCUCCCAAUGGGAAAAACUGUGUCAAGGCUACGCGAGAUUGGCUCGAAGGCUCCUUAUGAAAGAGAUCAACCCGGGCGACCUCCUGCACAUCCCGCCCGUCUUUGCGAUUGUGGCCACAGACUCCCCCCCGCUCGACCUUCUUGCCACCAAGGCCAGACUCUCGUUCAUGGCAUCCAUGGCGAAGGCUGCCCCGGUUGCGCUUUGGGCAGCGCUACAAGCUGAAGGGAGCUGGCUGGGGGCCCUCCGAAAAGACAUGGCCUGGUUGCGAGAUGGAGAUGAAGAUCAAUGGCCGAACAUCGGCCCUGCCUACUGGCCGGCAUGGAGAAGAAUGCUUUGUGAAGCAAAGCCAUGGUUUAAACGGCAAGUAGCCAAAAAGGUUGCCAAGGCUUCCAUUGCGUACUACAAGAAGCAGAAAAUGGCUCUCACCUUGUGGGCCCUCUACCGGCGUGCCGUCGAAUACUUGCCCACGGAGGGGACGCCAACUACUCAACAUGUAUGCCGACCAUGCUCGCGCACCUUCAAGACGAAGGGGGCCCUGGGAGCUCACUUCCAGAAGACCCACAGCAGAUGUGCGAAAUAUCGUGCUGUGGUGGAAGGGUCGAUCUGCAAAUCUUGUGGGGUCCAGUUCUGGACUGAAGGGCGCCUGGCCCGGCACCUGAGGGAUACGCCACAGUGUGUGGCAACAUUGAGAGCAUGUGGCUACACGGCCAAGGUGAUUGUCCCAGGGACGGGCAGCAGGGCACGGCGCAAGGCUGAACUGGACGGGUACCAUCCGGCCCCACCAACACAGCUUUGCGAACCUGCGGAGGCCGGUGCUUCAUCUGACUGGGACCAGACCCAGAAGGAAGCUCAUGCCAAGUUAUGUGAUGUCCUGCUGGUCGAGAAUCCUGCGGCCGACCAAGCUGAGGCGUUGGAAAUCAUCAGAGGGAACAUCGCGCUUUUCCCCCUCUACUUUGACGAAGCCAGAGAAGUUGUGGGAAAGAUCCUCGAGGAGAUCGACUCGGUUGCGAAUGACCUACUUGAUGACUACUGGACACCGUCCGCCUUACGGGACAUCCGGCAGGCUGCGGAAACCUUUUUAGCCGAUGAUUGGCCGAUCGGCGAUGAGUGUGAGGGGCCUAGAAAGCCCCCGGCCACUUUUGAGGCACUCAACGGCGAGGUUGAGAAGCUCAAAUGGACAGAUGUGGUGCGAAGGAUCCGAAGCCUUCACGGGACCCGGCGAACUUCAGCGUGGACGCUACCUUCUGACUGGGAAGCCGAGUGGUGGAAGUGUAGUGCUGUAGUUAGCUCCUCGGCCGUGAAGGAGAGACUGUGGUGCUGGGUACCAGUUGCCCUGCAGCAGGCUUGGGACCAUUUCCUCAAUGGAGGAGAGGUGACCCUUCUCUGCCCUGAUAGUUUCUGGAACAGCCCACUAGCGGAACCGUUCCUUUCUUUCCGCUCUUUGCAUACUAAUUAA